AUGUCUAAGUUGGAUAGUUACAAUGGAAUGGUUGUCUCACAACACUUUUCUUCAAUUAGAGACUUUAUAAGUUUCGAACAAGUUUGCAAAAAGUUCAAUGGAACCAUGGCGAAGUUUCAUUACAACCCGAUACCAUUAACAUUAAAAACAAUAGAAUUUUUUGAGUCUUUAGAAACACUUUACAUAUGGCAGUUGACUGAUGAAAACUUUGGAAACGACUAUAUGGCUUCCAAGAAACAACGUGAUAAUGAAAACAUGCAUUACCACAUCAUGCAACACCCCUUCAAAAAGUUAAAGAAAGUCUGUUAUCCGAAGAUGAUGAAAUUAAAACCGAGUUAUUGGUUUCCAAAUGCGUCUGUAGCUUUUUUCAAAAUCGUAGUUUGGCAUGACGUCGAGUACCAAGUAGUAGUCGAUAACAAAGACAAGAAUGUCGUCUUUAAAAACGUGAUCUUAAAUAAAGAGAGUAAAAAGUAUUGUCAUGGCACCAUUCCAGAAGAAGUUACUGAAAUUGGAGAGGAACUUUUUGAAUAUGAUUCAAUAACUUCCAUUGAAAUUCCAAAGUCUGUCACAAAGUUACACAACUCUGUAUUCGAGUCGUGUACAAACUUAACAAGUGUAUCAUUCCCAGACAAGUUAUGUAUAAUUGGAGAUUCUUGUUUUAAAAAGUGCAACCACCUGAAUGAAAUUGUAUUGCCUGCACACCUUUUUGAGAUAGAAGGUAAAAACGUUUUUAGUGAAUGCAACAUAACUUCUAUAGUUAUCCCCAAGUUUGUCACAUCAAUACCAAGUCAAUGUUUUUUUGAAUGCAAAUUACUGAGUAAAGUCACACUCCAUGAUAGUGUCGAAUGUUUAUGUUCGUUUUGCUUUGCUGGGUGUGACGAACUUUGCCACAUCGACCUCCCAGAUUCGAUCACAUCAAUAAGAGCUGGUGCGUUUAAGUUUUGUAAAAAACUUAAAAGUGUGACUUUGCCAAGCAAAAUUGAUGUGAUCCGAACUGUUACGUUUGAAGGAUGUGUUGAACUUAGUGAAAUUAAAAUGAGUGGACAAAUAAAUGUGAUGGAAAAUUACUGUUUCAGAGAUUGCCUUGCACUGAAAGAGUUUAGUAUUCCAAAUGGGGUGACAAAAGUUGGUGAUGGAUGCUUUGCAGGAUGUUCGAUGCUCUCAAAAAUUGACAUCUCGUCAACAGUCAGAACUAUUGGAAAACAAUGUUUCAAAGGGUGUGGAUUAUUAAAAAUUAUUCCACUCCCAAUUACAGUCGAAUCUUAUGGCGCGUCUACAUAUUGA